AUGGAGGCGCUUGAUGCUCCUCUUUUUGACUACCUCCUAUCCUUUCUUACGCCCGAGGAAGCUUGCAGUCUAACUCUUCUCUCAAGAUCGUUCAAGCAAGCCUUAGACGAAAGCCUUGCCUGGAAGACCUUUUGCGAACGCCACAGCCCCUCCAUUACAACAUCUCCAGCACGGGAGGUCGUGAUCAAACACUAUGGUGGGAGUGCAGGGGGGCGCCUCUACAAGGAGCUUUUCCUAAAACUAAGAGCGAAAAGGCCAAGGAAAACUCAGGAUUGCGAUAUUCCUCAGAGAGGGCCUCUUCCUUCACACUUUUCAGCCUACGUCAUGCUGAUGGACGUUUAUCUGGACGGAGUUGGUUGUGUGUUUUGUUCAGCUGAAAGCAGCGAGCUUGAAGAGGAGUUCCAGGGCUGCCAGGAAGAGUGGGAGUUCAAGCAUCCCAAAAAUGUUGGAUGCAAGGCAGUGGUCAAGGGGACGCGUCCAAGUGAUGUUGAACAGACCAUCAGGCGGCGAUUUGCCAUUCCUGUGCACGAUAAAGAUGCAGUCUUAUCGUUCUCCUGGAAACUCAUUCGCAAGGCCGAUGGAAAGCUGCAAACUUUGCUGCAUCACAGGCAAGCGCUGGACGGAAGCCUUGCCUGGAAGACCUUUUGCGAGCGCCACAGCCCUUCUAUCACAACAUCUCCAGCUAUGGAACUCGUGGUCAAACACUAUGGUGGGAUCGGAGGGGUCUGCCUCUACAAACAACUUUUCAUGAAACUCACCGGGAAAGUGGCGGGUGAAGUUCAUCAGAAUUGCGACUCUCAGAGGGUGACUCCCCCAGAUUUGGACCUUUCAGCUCACGUCAUGCUGAUGGACGUCUCCAUGAACAAAAGUCAAUUGUUUUGUUCAGCAGAGUGCAGCGAGCUUGAAAUCGAGUUCCAGGGCUGCCAGGAUGAGUGGGAGUUCAAGCAUCCCAAGAAUGUUGGUUGCAAGGCAGUGGUCAAUACGAUGCGUCUGACGCCUAAAGCAGCUCGGCGGCAAUGCACCACUUCUCCUGUGGAGCCUCAGCGGUCAGUCGUACUGUUUUCGUGGAAGCUCAUGCGCAAGGCCGACGGAAAGCUGCAGAGCCUGCUGGAUCACUGCAAGCCCGCGACCUACGAGUCUCUGGUGGCUCCGGAAGAAGGAGCAGAGGGUCGCUACCACCGCUUGCAAGCAUCAACGGCGCUGCAGCCUGAACGCUUCAAGGCAUUUGAAGACGGCGAGGGUGAAACAUACUUUAUGGCGCGCAAUCGCGCUGGAGCCAUGAUGCGCCUGCGGUGCUACGACGACCACGUUGAACGGUUCUCAACCUUUUCUACGCGCAGCUUGUUACCUGAAUGGGAGACUUCCGAGUACCUCGUGCACUUGUUUGAUAAGAUUGCUGUGGAGGUCGGCUUCAUCAACUGGGAGGCUUUCGAAAGGUCCUCCUUAGUUCCGGAAUCUCCUGAAAGUAGAUUCUUCACCGGCGCAACGUAUCUGCCACUGAAGGACAUCGUAAAGCUUCUUCAUGAAGCACCAGAACUCAAAAACUGGAUCUAA